AUGCCUCGAACCCCCGUCAACCUCCAACCCAGCAUUCACCCUGAUUUACCUCCUCCUGCACACCUGUGGGGCCGGGCGCAGGGGGCCGCUGGGGUGGGCGGUUCCCACCUUUUGCUCCAAUGCAUGUUCCUUCUCCUCGAGUUGUCCCCAAUGCAACUGCCCUACGCCAUUAAUAAACCUGAUAAGGCACUUCGAAAUUCCACCUUCAAUUCCUCCUCCUCUUCCUCUUCCUCCUCAGUUAUGAGCAUCCCAAUUGCUACUCCUCUUCUCCAUGGCCGGUGGCUUUCUUGCGCCACUCCUAAGACUGAGUCCUUCCGCCACGCGCCCUGCACCGUCAACUCGUCGUCGUUCGACUCGGACGACUCGUGCUUCACUCGCUCGUCGCCGGAGAGCUUCUCUACGAUCUCGGAAUUCUCGAUCGGAGCUUCCCCUGAAAGGGUCUUGCCGGGGCUGCGGUCGUCCGACCGGCUCUUCUUCGAGCCCAGCUGCGGCGCCGGCACCUGGUCGACGCCUGAGGAGGGCGCGAAGGCCACAGAGGCGCCGCCGUUAGAAGGCGCCGUGGUGGUAGCGCUGGAGACAGAGGACCCGUACCGCGACUUCCGGCGGUCGAUGGAGGAGAUGGUGGCGGCGCACGGGGUGAGGGAUCGGAGCAAGCUCUUGGAGCUUCUGGUUUGGUAUCUAAGGGUCAACGGCGAGAAGACUCAUGGGCUCAUCGUCCGGGCCUUUGCUGACAUCCUCGCCGGAGUUGAUCCUCCUCAAUUUCCCUGCUCGUCGAUCGCCUCUAAGUCACUUGAGAUGGAGGGAAAAGAGGAGGAAGGAAGUGGGUCGAGUUAAUUUCUCGGAUACCAUAUUCAUAUCGAUCUAUUUUCUCUUCUUUUUAA